AAUCGAAAACUUUUGCUUGUGACAUACAAAGGGCGUGAUGAAACCUGACAGCGCAGCACUGGGAGGAAACUGCCAUGGGACGAGAAAGUGAGGAAGUGGAGAAGCGAGAGGGGUAAAUAAAGUUCCAGGCUUUACCGCAGAUAUCACCAUGCCAGAUGCAGCAGAACCCAAUGGGACUAACAUUCAUCCAGACCCCAGGGAGAGAUUUGUGCUAAAUGAAAGGGGUCCAGUGUUCUUUAUCAUCUGUUUUAGUGUUGUUGCUGGGUUGGCAUUGUACUACUACAGUAAUGAAGAGGAUAAAGCUAUUGGAGAGGCCAAGAAGAUACUAGGAUUUACAGCAUUUGGGCUCAGCAGCCGAGCCAAGGCUAUGCUAAUAUCCUACGCAGAGGACCAGUCAAAGAACCAGUAAUGCUAAAAAGCAGCCCCUUGCAUUGGCCAACUUCAUUAUGGAAUAAGCACAAGGCAAACCAGCAUGCCGUACCAAAGACUAGGUGAACUAUGUGUACAGCAGUAGGAAAUGCAUUGUUUUUAAGCAUGUAUGUAAUUAUAUAUAAUUUAAAAGAUAUGGGACGACAUCCUAAGUCUUAUAACAUAUAUUUUAUUGUUACUGUAAGAUUGAAAGUUUUGGACACUAAUGCUGGUAGGAUGGUUUUGUCCUUUUUCCGGGUACAGUGCCCUCCACUUAGCCCUUCGCUGAAUAACUUUCAUCAGGUUUUAACUGGGUAAUACACUCAAGCAACAGAGAACAAUACGUCAUACUGGACAUUCGGUACGUAUUGAAGUCUAAAUAUUUACAGUAAUAGCCUUAAUUUAAGUUUAUUAAAUCAUAUGUUAAUAAUCUUUUAUUUGGCCACAGGAGGCAGACAUUUUCUUAGGUGAAUACACUACUUGGAUUAACUGAAUAAAAAUAUUUUGCCAAAAUUCAGUCAAAAUAAUUGAUAAUCAACUAUCAGCAACCAGUAACAUAAUACUUUAAAUCUGUGUAUAUCUCUUUCUAACAUUUGGCAUGCUCUCUGUGACUGUUGCCUUGUAUUAUUACAGUAUUUGCAUUCAAAUUAUUAUUAUUAUUAUUAUUAUUAUUCUGCAGAAGAAAAAGGUGCAUGUUGUAAGUAAAAUGAAAAGCAGUUGUUUGUUGCUGUUUUAAUAACCCAAAAGCUCCUUCUAAUUGUUUUGUCACAACCUUUCCCAAAGAAAACCGUUUAACAAAGACUGUAAAUGCAGCUGUGCCUGUAAAAUACAUGAUUAAUCUCUUUCUCCUAUUGAUGCUUUGUAAAAUAUUUUUUUUGAGAUGAAAUCAUUUAUUUAAUGCUACAGUAUAGACAGCCUUUAUUUAAGCUUUCUCAUGCUGCGCACGUUCUUGUUGUUAUAUGUUUAUCUAAAGCGACUUGCAGAGACUAGGGUGUGUGAGCUAUGAAUCAGCUGCAGAGUCACUUACAACAACGUCUCACCCC